AUGAAUAGUUGUGGACAGUCUUUGGGAUGUAGUGUGAAGGUAGAAAGGAACGAUUUCGUUUGGUUUAAUUUCAGGCCUCAUUCUAUGUACCAUGAGGCUAAUAGGUUAAGAUGGGUUUGCAUAAAAGAGGCAGCUAAUCUGUCUGGAUCAGAAGUGGCAUGCAAUUUAUUACUAAUCGACCAAACAUGUAUACAAAUUAAAAACCAAACAAUUUGUGGUAAUGAGUCAAAAAAAGUUCUGAAAAAUAGUCGAAAACGUGAUUUGGAAGCUGACGAGAACGCAUUUGCGACUAUUCAUCAUAAUAGCGACAGAUAUUUCAUAUUGGAAUGGACGUACACGGCGAUGUUUUACACGUUUUCGUGUUUUGUUUUUUGCCGUCUUAUCUACUCUGAAAGCAUAUUGAAACCGUACUUGGACGACCUGACGCUGGACAACAUCAACUACUCGCUGAUGACGUCGCUGUCCGUCCUUAUUGUUUUGUUGAAUCCGUUGUUGGCGAACAAAGCACGCGAGAACCGAGAAAAGUAUUUCAAAAUCUGGAGAGAAUAUCAGAUUCAAUAUGAACAGUAUAGUGUUUCGGAAUUGAAUCUCGGUUCAUCGAUUCUUAUCGUUUUGCUAAUCGUUGGUGGUACAAUCAUAACAACGCUUGAGUUGGUCGCAAACUGCGUCUUAACAUCACAAUUAAACCCCACUUACAUCUACGCUAAUUGGCUUAUUUAUUUUUACACAAACCUUACGACCAUCCAGUGGGUCACGGACUGCCAUUUAUUGACUUUAGUCUCCAAGAAAUUGCUCAAUCAAUUUUUGGCACGGACAAUAACUGUGAAUUCAUCGGGCAGAAUCUUUAGCGACGGCAUAGGUGUUGAAACGCACGUGUCCCAUUUCGUCGAACUUUGGCGAAAACUUUCCGACAUGUCCAGUGGGCUCAUAGAUACCGGUUGUGGCCUCUACGAAUUCAAUUUCGCCGUGCAGUCGGUGAUUGUCGUGCAAGCUUUAUACGGUAUCGUUGCCCUGUACAUUGGACAACAUCAAUCAAUCGUACACUACAAUGUAUACUUCCCGACCGCCGCAUGGUCCAUCAUAAACCUGGUUGCUCUGUGCGAGGCUGCGUAUUCGGUCACUAAUCAAGUGGGAUUCAAAACCAAUAUAGCAAUACAAUCAAUAACUUGCAAUAACUUCAGUUUAGAAACUCAAGAGCAGAUUUUCACAGCUCUGAAAACUAUCCAAUCUCACAUACCUGUAAUAACUGUGAACGGUUACUUCACCAUGGAUCGAUCAUAUAUAUUGAGCUAUUUAGGAGUAGCUGUAUCAUACAUCAUCGUUCUGACUCAAUUUAAAAUUAGUACUUCUUAAUUCAUUACAUCCGGAAAAUACCAUAUUUGG